CGAACCAGUGGAGCUGUUGAUGUUGUGCAAUUCACUAUUAAUGGAAACCAGUUUCUUGCCUUCGCCAACAUUAAAAAUGAUACCGAUGAAUUCAACACAGAACCAUUCAUCUACAAGAUGGACAACUUAACUGAAAAAUUCUCUCUCUACCAAACUAUCAAUACUACGGGAGGAACAGAUAUGGAAUAUUUUACAAUUGCUGAUACACAUUACCUUGCCGUUGUCAAUUUCGAAUCUGGAUCUACACGGCUAGUGAAGUUAGUUAUUUAUCAGUGGAACGGACAAUUUUUUGUUGUAUUUCAAAACAUAACGUUGUAUGGAAAUGGAGAAACAGACUUGAAGUUCAUGAAAAUAGGG